CUGAUUUUCAGCCAGUCAUUGUCCUACAACAACAGCAGAACUCUUGCCAAUCCUGUCAACAGUCCUGCAGUAGCUCGUGCUCUACGCCAGUAUGUCAGAGCACCUGUCAGGCCAGCUGUGCCCCUGCAUGCGGCCAAUCACCACCCCAGUGCGGUGCUUGCCAGCAAACUUGCCAAGCUUCAUGUGGCUCAUCCAACUGCAACUGCCAACAGUCUUGCUCUUCUGCUUGUGGAAAUCAAAACAACCAGCAGGUCAUCGUCAUCCAGGGUAGCUCGGACAACUGCAACAACCAAUGCAACCAACAAUGCGCUUCCUCCUGCUCAACUCCUGUGUGCGCUUCGUCGUGUCAAUCUUCUUGUGCUUCCGCCUGCACUCCUCAAUGUGCACCAGCUUGCAUGCCCACGUGCACACCAUCGUGCACCCAACAGCAAUCUCAGCCAAUCGUUGUCGUCGUGCCACAGGGCGAUAGCUGCUCGAGCUCGUGCCAAUCUCAAUGCAGCUCGGCUUGCUCAACUCCUGUCUGCCAACAGUCGUGUAACAAUCAAUGCCAAUCGUCUUGCAACAACAACCAGCAACAGGUGCCCUGCCAACAGACCUCCUCAUCUAGCUGUGGAUGCUCAACCGGCUACUCUCAAUGCGGUGGAUCAUGCUGUCGCAGACGCUAAAAUCCAAGCAAUGAAGGAAGAGAUAACUAUUAGAAUUCUGGUGUCUGUACAAAGUAUUAGCUGCAAAUUUGGCGCUUAA